GAGCUGCGCGCGACGCGACAGCAGCCGCUCCUCCGACCGUUCCGCACCUGACGAGCUUUUCUUGCUCACCGGCGGGAGAUCGGCGACAGGACACGAGCCACUGUGGAAUUGAUGGGAGCCGAAAGUUCCCCGGAGAGCGCUCACCGGUUCCCUGGGCGAGAGUCUGAGUCUGAUCGGGACCUGGUGUGGGUCCAGGGGCUAUGGUGAGGCCAUGUGCCGCGGCUGGUGUGAGGAGAGGCGCCCCAAAGGUAACGGAGUGGAUCUUCCCACAUGGCUCUGCUUUUCACUGCUUUUCUCAGCUCUGUGGGGGCAAGUGUCCCCCCAGUGUCCGGACAGCUGCCAGUGUGCCUGGGACACGGCCACGGUCCUGUGCUCUGAUGCCGGGCUCCGGGAAAUCCCGGAGGGGAUCCCGCCUGAAACCGUGUCCCUCCACUUGGAACGUAACUACAUCCGCAACAUUCCAGAGAGUGCCUUCAGCGAGCUGGUGCACCUCCAGGAUCUGUACUUGUCCCACAACCGCAUUGACUCCCUGUCCUCGGGGGCCCUGCGGCACCUGGGCCCCGAGCUGCGCCUGCUGGACCUUUCGCACAACCAGCUGAGGCAAGCCAGCAGGGAGGAGUUCGGCUCCACUCGGGCCAAGACCAGACUCUACCACAACCCCUGGCACUGCGACUGCACCCUGCAGGAGCUGAUGGAGACGCUCAACCUGGAGCCCGAGACCGUCAACAGCAUCAUUUGCGAGAGCUCGGUGCGGGGGGUGGGGGAGGGCAGCCGGUGGGAGGACCCGGGGUCUUUAGGGGAGCACGCAGGACAACCUCUGGUCAAACUGUUGGACUCCGGGGUGAACUUCUGCAGCCUCCAGAGGAAGACCACCGACGUGGCCAUGCUGGUGACCAUGUUCGUCUGGUUCUUCAUGGUCAUCGUGUACGUGGUCUACUACGUGAGGCAGAACCAGGCAGAGGCGCGCAGACAUUUGGAGUACCUGAAGAGUCUCCCCAGCCCACGCAAGACCCCCACAGAGACGGACACUCUGAGUACCGGUUUCUGAGUCUCAGCGCUUGUUGGCCGAGUCAGAACCACAACUUGACACUGCCUCUCUCCUGGACCUUGACUGUCUGUCUCGUGGGUUCAUUCAUUCCUAUCACCUUCAGCAUGCCAGUCUUCUCCAGCAAACAGACGCAAAGCUCAAAUCUUUUAAACCCUUUAAAACUAGAAUAUUUUGUUUGGGAUCACAAAUGUGGUUCUUCUUGACUUUGUUAUUGUUGUGCAUUUGUAGCGGAGCACCUGCUUCACACUCUUCUCUCCACUCACUCCAUCUUUUUAUCGAGCAAAACAUCAAGUGAUAUAUAUAUAUAUAUAUAUAUAUAUAUAUAUAUAUAUAU